AUGGCCGCCUCAAAGUUGCCCGUCCUGCCGGUAACGAACUACCCCAAAAAGCGAGCAGGCGGCCUCUUCCUUCAUCCUGUAUUCUAUAUCACAUGUUGGAUCUUCUUUUCGAAUCUCACCAUCUUGUUCAACAAAUGGUUGCUUGACACUGCAGGUUUUCCGGUGAUCUUAACAUGUUGGCACAUGGUGUUUGCCUCUCUGGCAACACAAUGCCUAGCCAGGACUACAAGUCUACUUGACGGCCGCCACGGUAUCAAGAUGGACAGGAAACUCUACGUCCGCGCAGUUCUGCCCAUCGGUAUCCUGUACAGUGGCUCGAUGGUCUGCAGUAACCUAGUCUAUCUGUAUUUAAAUGUAGCAUUCAUCCAGAUGUUGAAGGCGGCAUCCCCAUUCGCAACAUUAGUUGUAGCCUGGCUCUGGAGACAGGAAAACCCGACCCGCGCGCUCGUCAUCAAGAUCCUCGUCAUCGUCUGUGGCGUUCUGUUGGCCAGCGCAGGCGAGAUCCACUUCUCAUGGCCGGGUUUCCUCUACCAACUCGGCGGCCUCCUAUUUGAAUCUGUCCGUGUGGUCAUGAUCCACGCCCUCAUGUCAGGCGGCGAUAUGGACACGGAUCCCCUUGUCAGCUUGUACUACUACGCACCUGUGUGUGCCGUGACGAAUGUCUUGGUGGCUGGAGUUACGGACUGGCCGUCCUUUCAAUGGGAAGAUCUAGCACGAGUCGGCGUGGGAAUGCUGUUCUUGAAUGCCUUCAUCGCGUUCUUGUUGAACGUCUCGAGCGUGUUCCUGAUCGGCAAGACCUCAGGCCUCAUUCUCCACUUAACCGGCGUGCUGAAAAACAUCCUCCUCGUCAUAUUAGCUGUCCUAAUCUGGGGCACUGCCAUUGCGCCACUGCAGAUAUUCGGCUACAGUGUGGCGCUGCUCGGCAUCUUGUUCUACAAGAUGGGUUGGGAUGAAGUGAAGAUGCACACCAUGUCCUUCUCCAACCGAUACACGGACGCUUCGGGCUCGACGGACGAGAAGAAACUGGCCACCUUUGUCAGAAGGGCACUGUUUUUCAUCGCCCUCGUGGUGGUUACCGUCAUCGUCCUUCGUCAAAGGCCACCGACCGGGGGGCUCUUUACUCACGCACACUCAUCGCCGAACUCGGAUGUCGAAAAGCUGCCCAAGCCGGAUGUUCACUAA